CUGUGCCAUCCUCCAUGCCAUCGCUUUCAUCUUCUCUGAUUCUAUUCCGGAUGUGAUGUUAGUCAUCCGUUCUCCCUUAAGAGGGGUCUAACUCCGUCGCAUUUCCCCUUUGCAAUCCUUCGUGUUGGCUGGUUCCUGGCCCACUCCAUCUCCGAGCCAUCCGACAUCACUUGCUAACUUGCGCGUCGGGUACCUUGAGUUUUUCUAGCGGACUGUUCGAUUGACCGUUGGCCCACCAUGGAUGAGAACAGCGCCCAAACCCACACUCAAGUUCGCCAUGAAGAGCGCAACGAUGCGGCCGACUCGGAUGCCACCACGAUCGGCGCCGACCAUCCCGACGCACCAAUCCGAGACUCCCCGCUGGUCGAGGAUCUCGAGCCAGACACGUCGCCGCCCACGCCCCGUUUCAUCCAGGACGAAGGCACAUGGAAGCGUUUCAAAUGGGUCCCAUACCCAGUCCGCCGCGUGAUAAAGGCCACCGCGAAUUGGGCUCGAGGCCCUCCCAAUCCGCACCGCUACCAUAUCGAGCCAUUAUUCCCCCAGGUACAGCACCGCCCCAUCGUCCUGCUCGACAGGUACCUCCCGCGGAAAUCUCACAGAGCCUUUGCCGUGUUUGCCUUCUUUGGGAUAUGGCUCCUCACCUUUGCUCUGGUCAUGCGCCAGGGCCUGAUUGCGGCCGAGAUCCCAGAGUGGGGGACGCCCACGCAGAUCGGCUGCGGGUCGACGUACUGGACGUCUGGGAAUGGAUGCGGAGUGGAUGGCGUGAACUGUCGCCCGUUUACCGAUGGCGGAUAUCCCUUCCGGUGCCCCGCAAAUUGCGCUAGCUACCAUGUUCUGAACCCGCGUGCCGUCGGGGACCAGGAGAUAAUCUACCAGCCGCUCGUCAUCGGCGGGCCGCCCGAGGCAACGGACGGGCCGGCAGUGUACCGCGGCGACUCGCACAUCUGCAGCGCGGCCAUUCAUGCCGGCGUCAUUUCGAAUACCAAUGGCGGUUGCGGCGUGGUGAAGCUCAUCGGGAGGCGGACGAAUUUCAACAGCACGACGAGGAACGGCAUUACCAGCAUCGCCUUUGAUUCGUACUUCCCGCUCUCCUUCACCUUCGAGCCGGGCAUCACCUGUGACGCUAGGGACGUUAUCUGGUCGCUGCUUGCCGUCUCCGUCGUGUUCACCACCGUAUUCUCGCUCUUCGUCACCUCGCCAGCCCUCUUUUUCUUCCCUCUCUUCACUGUCCUCUACUGGACUGUCGGCAUGGUCACCGACACGCCCAGUCAUCGAGACAUCCCUUCCCUUUUCUCCGCCGAGAUUGGGAGAUUUCUGCCCGCCAUGUUCGUCGCAUGGGUCAUGUACGACAAGAUGGGCGUUAGGAGGACGCUGAAGGGACUGACGGCGCAGGUCGAGAAGACGGUUCUCUGGCUCGGAGCGGCGUGGGUGGGCGCCCUGACCAACUACACGCUGGAUUUUAUCCCCAUUCAACGCCUCACCUCCCGCGACCUGCAGCAACAGCCCGGCGCUCGCGCUGCACUGGCCAUCAUCGUCCUCAUCCUCGCCGUCAUCGCCUCGGCGCAAGCUUGGUACUUCCGGCAAGAGGGGCGGCUGAUCCGCAACCUCAAGCUGUACGCCCUCUUUGUCGGGGGAAUUAUCAUUUGUCUCGUCCUGCCUGAUCUCAACCUGCGCAUCCACCACUACAUCCUCGCGCUGCUCCUGCUGCCGGGCACCGCCAUCCAGAUGCGGCCCUCGCUGCUCUACCAGGGCCUGCUAAUCGGCCUCUUUGUCAACGGCAUCGCCCGCUGGGGCUUCGAUCCCGUCCUGCAGACGGAUUAUUCCCUUCUCGGCGACGGCCAACUGGACUCGCCGCUGCCGUCGAUCCGUGUGCCGGUCAUUGUGCCCAAUACGAACAUUACCUUUGCGUGGGACCCGCCGCCGGGCACGUUUGAUGGGAUUAGUGUGCUCGUGAAUGACGUGGAGAGGUUCAGAAAGUAUUUCUAUGAGGGGGUUGGCGAAGAAGAGAAUAUCUCGAAUGUCUCGAGUGUCACGUGGGUGAGGGAUCAAGACCCGGAGGUGCCUGAGUACUUUCGCUUUGCGUGGAUGAAGGGGAAUGAGCGCGGAGAUUAUACCAAGGCGGGGAAGUGGGAUGGCAAGGAGAGCUGGUCGCAUAUGGCGCCUGGUCCGUCGAGGUUAAGGGCGAGGGAGGAGCAGAGGUUUAUGGGAACAUUAUGAGAGUUAUGUCUGGUGAUGGGUUGGGUCAAUGGGCUGUCUAGAUGGUUUUGUUGAUUACAAUAUUAUGAAUGCAGCUAGACGAGUGAUACUUGCCUGGGUCUCGGACUCUGAGUCUGCUAAACAGAGGAUACAUGAAUAGAUGUUCACUUGCGAGUGAUGGGAUGCGCCCAUGGUGCCAUCU